AUGUUUGCUCAAGCAUCAUGGUACUUAGCGUAUCUGGAGAACCUCGAAGUUAUGAAGCUCAUAAGUCAGGUAAUCAAAGACUUUGCGAGCGGAGAGAUAAAGCAAGAGUCGAGACUGUUUGACUGUAAAAAUUACUCAAGAGUGACUACAAGACAGCCUCGUUGGUGGCUGCAAGCACCAAAGGAGCUGCCAUCUUCAGCUCUGUGA